UUAUUAGGAAAUAAAUAUACUAAUGAUAAUAAUAAAGCAUUACAGGCAAUGAAAUAUAGUUUUUAUGAUUAUGGAGAUAUAAUUAAAGGUACGGAUAUGAUGAAUAAUUCUCUUUUAAAUAAAUUGACUGAAAAAUUAGAUAACGUACUUCAAGAAACUGCAUCUACAGGUCAAUCAGAUGUUCGCAAAAAAUGGUGGAAUGAUAAUAAAACACAUGUAUGGCACGCGAUGUUAUGUGGGUAUAUGAGCAAAAAUACAGAAGAAAGAAAUAAUGAACAGCUUUCUGAUAAGUGGUGUCCUUUACCUGAAGAAGAUAGUACUCCUCAGUUUUUACGAUGGUUAGAAGAAUGGUCACGACAGUUUUGUGAAGAAAAAAAAACCAAAACGUUAUCUUUAGAAAAAUUGUGUUUAGAUAAUGAUAAAGACACAACCAAAUCUGGAGCAUAUAAAUCAUACCAUUUAAGUGAUCCUAAUUGUAUAAGUUGGUACAAUACAUACGAAGCAUGGCUUCGUAGUAAAAAUGAUCAAUGGAAAGGAUGGAAAGAAAAAUACGAAAAUUACGAAAAAGAAAAAGUAGAUCCUAGCACACCAGGUGUUUCUUCCCCACCUGGAACACCAUCACAAAAUGGUGCUGAAGAAUAUGUAAAAAGCAAAUGUGAACAAUGUAACUGUAACAUUAAUAGUUUAGAUGAUAUGUAUAAAGAAAUAAAAAACCCCAAUAUAAACUCAAUUAAACAAAUCGUUCAAAAAGUUCAUGACGAUAUACCUGAACUAAAAUACAAAACCGCAAAUAAUGUAAUUACAGCUGUGGAAAAUUUAGUUGAAAA